AUGGAGGAGCAACAACCAUCUUUCAUGACGCUCAGGGCGAGGCGGCCCGCCAACGACGAGCGCAGCAUGAGCAGCGCCGACUCCGCUUAUGGCUCGGCCACGGAGAGCACAACUCCCCCAGCGACCCACGACCUCAGUCGUGUGAGCUACCAUGUGAAGCACAUCGAUAGCUUUGCUCAGGCACUCCAAAAUUCGGCAACGAGGGCGUUCCCCAACCGCGGCCGUGGCCAGAGGUACACCAAGGUGCAGGCUCUCAUGCUCCACUGGAAGUCUGAUGAUUUGUUCGUACUUCCCGAGCUCGAGGACCUGGAGAAGUGCUUCCGCGAGCGCUACAACUUCGCCACCGAUAUCUUCUCCAUCCCCUCUGAGAAUCCCCAUCUGGAGUUGAUGCUCAAGAUUGGCGAUCUGGUCAAGCAGCACGAAUCUGAGGACACUCUGUUUGUCGUUUAUUACGGUGGCCAUGCAAGGAUAGAUGAAUCGCGUCAGAGUACGUGGUGUGCAAACCGCCGUCCCGGUUCCCCCUGGCUCCAAUGGUCUGCGAUCCAGACUCUCCUCGAACGGUCCAUCUCGGAUGUUAUGAUCCUCCUCGAUUGCUGUGCUGGAGCUGCGAGUGCCACUUUCCCCACCGGGAAAAGCAUCACAGAAACCAUCUCGGCAUCGAGUUGGGAUGCUAUUGCGCCUGACCCGGGUCGCUAUUCGUUUACCAACGCCUUAAUCGAAGUGCUCGAGGAGUGGCGCCAACGGACCUUUUCAGCCGCCAUGCUCCACGCCGAAAUUCUUGCUCGUUUAAAGCACCCACGGCCUAUCCUUAUCAACGGGAAACAUUUCGAAGCCCGAUCCACUCCAGUGCAUUUCAUGAUGACUUCCAAUCAUAGGGCGCCUAGUAUAGAGCUGUGUCGGCUGGUCCCCCGAAAACACAUCCCCUUGUCUCCACCAACAACCGAAGCGGCUUAUUGGAGCCACCCUACCCUCCCGAGGAUGAUCGAGGGCCGGAACCCGGUUGAACAAAUACCCCCCCUUCCCGACUACGGGAUUCCCGCCACCUCGGAACCCAAUGAGGAUGAGCCUCAUGUGCUUAUCUCGUUGGCGCUGGAAGAUGACCAACGCCUGGAUCUGAACGAUUGGGAGACUUGGCUUGGCGCGUUCCCUGCCAUUGCAAAAUACGUCAAAGUCCAAGGCAUCUUCAAAAGCCAUUCCACCAUGCUCUUGCUCUCGCUUCCGGUUAUGGUUUGGGAUUUCCUUCCUGAUGACCCGGCCUGCUCUUUUGUCGCCUUCAUCCGGUCGAACAAUCUCAUCAACGUUCAGAAGCCUGCCCAGGAACCAGAGAGCGUCCCAGUUGCGGAACCAGUACCUGUCACCGAAACAGUUCGCGACGAUACCGAAUCCUAUCUAUCCGGGACGACAUAUGGGCCGUCGGAGAGUUUAAAUAUGGCUCGACACCUAGCUGCGACCUCUGGCCUGCACCGCACCCACUCCAGUGCGGUCACCCCUUACCCUCAAAUGAACCAUCGACUACCCCCACACGUCGGGCCCUUGACCGGCAAUCGGUUCGAUUCUUCCGCCCCCGAUGCGUACCCGUCCUCCGGGUCCAGUUCACGGCCCCGGCCCCAACCUUCGAUGGCCAGUCUGGGUGGGUCUCUGAGAAACGUGGCUUCCACCACUUCAUUGCGUACCAUCGACAGACGCUACCACAACUCCCUGGGGAUAGGUGCAGGAGGUGGCGGUGACUUCCCAUCUCCUAGCGAAGGGAUCUCGAGGACCAUGAUUCUCAAUCAGACCCGGACUUCUAAAAAGUCCCUCUUCCAGCCCGACCAAGACGUCCCCCGUGGGCAGCAAAUGGCGCCCCAUGUUAUUGGGCGCUUGGAGGAUUACUUUCAGAAAGACCCGGAACCGAGCGUCGCCAUUAUAGAACACUUGGCCUCAAACCUCGGGGUUGAGACCGCCGAUAUCCACUUCUGGUUCCACCAUCGCCGAGAGGAACGGAUGACGGACAACAACCUCCAGGCCCUGAGGGAUGAAAGCCCGCAGCAAAUUACCCAGGACGGUAGCCGCAUGAUACUGCCCGGUCACCUUAACAGGCUUCUCGAAAUUUACCCCUCUAAAGGCAUCCUGCUUGUCGACCUACGUUCGUCGACAGACUUCGAACGCUCGCAUAUCCAUGAUGCCAUCAACCUGAGAGCGCCCCUCAGCUUUGUGGAGAAUACGUCUCUCGAGAUGAUCGAGGACACAUUUAUGGACGACCAAAGCCGCCGCAGUUUCAGCAAGUGGUCGCACUUCAAGUGUGUCGUCUUCUACGAUCGAGUCGUUGAGUUUGGCUGGGAGUGCCCUGUUGCCGACGCUCUGUACGCCAAGUUCCGGCGCAAGGGGUGGCAGGGCCAAUCAUUCAUCCUCAAAGGCCACUAUCGCGAGUUCUCGGCAUCCUUUGACAAGCAUAUCGGUGGAGCUAAGAUGACGAGUGAGGCUAAGGAGUAUGUUGACGGUCUCCGGCAACAGUCUAGCCCAACAGAUCUUGAAGCGCACACCCGGAACGAGGAUUAUCGCGAGUGGUUAGAUAUAUUCACCAGCCAACAACGCGCCGGGACAGUCGACCUCAUCCCAGCGAGAAAGUUCGAGCGCAGGAGGACAGUCGAGCAGCACCAAAAGGAGCUUGAAGUCGAGUUCGAGGCACGCUUCCCGGCACUGUACAAGAAGUCCCAAACGAUGCGCCCCGUCGAAGUCUUCGACGAACCCACUUCCCCAGCCGGCUCACCUCCUCCACCUUUCCACAGCGGAACCCGACGGAGCCAGUCGUUCAAGCAGGUGGACUGGUCUGGGGUAGCCGGUCGCGACCACGACAAAAGCCUAGACGAUGAUGACUUUGACUUGCGUAAAGCGCCCCUCGUCGGCCCGCUCACUAGCGGCCUGGAAAAGAUGCGAGCCGCGGCUGCUGCAGGUGGGGGAGGGAACCUACCGCGUUCCGACUCAAACACUUCCUUGAAGAAGUUUGAGGACUAUCCCGUGAAGCAUAGGGAGGAUUAUUUUGGAAAUGAGUACGACCACGACUACGAGGAGAUUGAUCCCAAGAGUGAAGGGCUUGGAAACGAUCCCGGGUUCCAGGAAGCCGGACUUCCAGCAGGCGGAGAGGGUGCCGCCACCGCAUCUACUGGGAAGCAUGAAAGGGGGGAUGUCGCGGUAAAAAAGACGAGUAAGAAGCGGCCGCAGAUUUGGGAACGGCUAAGGAGUGGGGGCACGAAGUGA